AUGAGUCGAAUAAAUCGAAUGAAUCGAAUGAAGGCAAUGAAGGCAAUGAAGGCAAUGAAGGCAAUGAAGGCAAUGAAGGCAAUGAAUCGAGUGAAGCGAAUGAAGGAAAUGAAUCGAACGAAGCGAGUGAAUCGAAUGAAGGCAAUGAAGGCAAUGAAUCGAGUGAAGCGAAUGACUCCAAUGACUCCAAUGACUCCAAUGACUCCAAUGAAUCGAACGAAGCGAGUGAAUCGAAUGAAGGCAACGAAGGCAACGAAGGAAAUGAAGGAAAUGAAUCGAACGAAGCGAAUGAAUCGAACGAAGCGAAUGAAUCGAACGAAGCGAGUGAAUCGAACGAAGCGAGUGAAUCGAACGAAGCGAGUGAAUCAAAUGAAUCCAACGAAGGAAAUGAAUCGAACGAAGCGAGUGAGGGGAAUGAAUCCAAUGAAGGAAAUGAAUCGAAUGAAUCGAAUGAAUCGAACGAAGCGAGUGAAUCGAAUGAAUUGA